AUGCGAAGGCGGCUCCUAGGGACGGCAUUGAGCGCCGUCGUUGUGCUGUUGGCACUAACCGUGCCAACCAUAGCCCGCCGACACAAUUACUACUCAAAUGGUAUAAUAUGACUUUUAAAGUGUCGUUUUUUAAAAUUUUUUAGGUUUUGUCAAUCAACUUACUAUAAUAUCAAUUUUAUAAAUUUUUUGGUUUACUUUAGUGAUAAAAAAGUCUUGUCGUUUUUUAACGCCUGAACUAGUGCAAAUUGGCGACAAGUCUUUUUUAUCAUUUUAAAAUUAGUAAAAUCCUUAAAAACAUGUUGCCAAUCGUAUUUUGCUUCAAAAUUAAAAAAAAAUAAAAAUGUUACCUAAAUUUAAAUUAUAAAAUUAAAAAAAUUCAAAAACACCCCCUAAACUAAUAUAAUUUCUUCAGAAAACUCCAACGCCGGAAGCGAAGAUCUCCAAAUCACGGUCUACCCCCACGAACUGUCGGUUCGCGAAGGUCGUGAAGCUCGAUUCGAAUGUCGUGCUCGUACUUCCGAUGGCAGUACCUUCCCCCAAACCCGCUGGACUAAGGUCGGCGGACCGUUGCCAAAGCACGCCCAUGAAAGCGGAGCUGAACUGUUCAUACCCAGCACGAACGUCAACGACAGAGGCCGGUACGCUUGUAUCGCCGUGCUAAAUGGACGUUCCGUUGAGGCUUAUGCUACGCUGGAUGUUCAGUCUUGUAAGUUUUUUAAAUUCGAAAGUUUUUUAUUUAAAAAAUUUUUUUACCCCGCCUAUCAUAAAAAACUCUCUGCCAAUCCCAAAUGACUGUCCCUGCCCCUUUCGUUGUAAUACAGCCCGUAAAAACUCAAAAAUACUAAAUCCACCCCUUCCAGACGGCCCCCAAACCUUCUCCAACGCCCUGCCAGCCGGCCCAAGCCACGGUUGUAUGGCCGACGAACGUGCCUGCGGCUCCAACGAAUGUGUCAAGUCCGACUACGUUUGUGAUGGUGAACGCGAUUGCCGCGACGGAUCGGACGAGGAGAACUGCCCAGCCAAACGGCACUGUGAACCAAACGAAUUCAGAUGCAACAACGAUCGUUGCGUCCAGAAAAUGUGGCUCUGCGACGGUGACGACGAUUGUGGAGAUCGGUCGGACGAACAAAACUGUAAAGAAAGAAAACCCGGAGAGCUGUGUCAACCCACCGAGUUCCAAUGUGCCGACAAAAGACAGUGCGUGCCGAGAUCGUUCCAAUGUGACGGUACCAAUGAUUGUCGUGACGGGUCGGAUGAAGUUGGAUGUGUUCAGCCAACCGUCGUUCAGCCUCCAGACUCCAACCGAAUCGUGAGGCAAGGGGAUCAAUUUAAGCUGACUUGUCGUGCCGUUGCCGUUCCCGAUCCAUACAUCAAUUGGCGUUUGAAUUGGGGUCCAGUGUGUGAGCCACCACGUUGUCAACAACACUCGGAGGGAGGUGUCGGCACUUUGACCGUUAACAACGCACAGUAAGUUGUGUUUGAAUAUGGUUUUGGGCUUGUGAUGGCAAGAACAAUAUCACAUCAUACUAGUUUUUAAAUUUUAUAUUAAUUCAAGUUUGAAAACUACUGAAAUUUUCGAAAAAAUUACAUUGUACUAGCCGUCUGACGUACCACAAUUUUUUUUGGUUUUUAAAGUAAAGCAUGCCAACCUUUAGGUCGAUUUUUAUCUUUAAAGCAAGAAAGACAUGUUAUCUUUGACUAUGUUAAAUUUUGAAGCAGUCCAACAUCAAAAACGUUACCAAAUAAAUAAAACUAUAUUGCACUACCCAUCUACUAUAACAUAACUUGCUUUUUAUCCUCAAAGCCCAUCUAAUCCAUAAACUUUUAGACCAAUGGACCAAGGAGCUUACACUUGUGAAGCCAUCAACGUGAAAGGACGUGUCUUGGCUACACCAGAUUGUAUCGUCAGAAUCGUCAACAUCCCCGCUCCACCACCACCAACUGCUCCACCAGCUCAGUCGUGUAGAGUAAGUUAAUAUAUUUAGCUUGAAGAUGUUGGAAAUUAUAUUAUUGUGCUAAAAAAAUGUUAGUAACUGUUACAUCAGGCCUAAAUUUUAAGGUUUUAUACAUAAAAUUAUAUUACACUAGACAUCAGAGGCCUCUAGGUCAAGAUAAACACGUUUUUUGAGUCAACACCUUUUUAUUCUAUAAAUAUUUAAUAAAAUAUAAAUUACAAAUUAUUUUACUGACCAAUAAUACCAUUUACAACUUACAGUCCGGUGAAUACAACUCGCCACAACAAUCCAAAGGAUGUCUGAACUGCUUCUGUUUCGGAGUUUCGAACCAAUGCCAAUCUUCCAACUGGUACAGAACAAAGGUAAGUAAAACAUUUUGAAAAUUAUCUUUAAAUUAUUUUGAACAUAUAUUUUAGUUUAUAAUUUUAUGUUAUUUAUGUUUUAUUUUGUUAUUUUUGUUUACACAUAAUAUCGGUUUGGGUCCCGACAAAAAACUUGAUUUUGUUAAAAUUGAUUAGGGAAUGACGUUCUUUGGGACGUUUUAAAAUUUUUAAGUUAGGAAGUGGUCUUUUAAAUGAUGUUUGUUACUUAUUGUUCACACUUCACUUGGUUUUGGGUCUCGGCGCGAAAACUUGAUUUGUGAAAAAAUAGGCUGUAAAUUGACUUUACGGUAAUAAUAAUUACUUUAAAGGUCUAUAAUGUAAAAUACGACAAAAACUAUUCUUUAUUUUUUUUUGGCAUUUUAAAAGCAUGUUUUAUAAUUGGUAUACUGUAUAUGUUACAGUAAGACAAUUUACUUUAAAAGAUUCUAUAUCUCUAAAUAUGUUUUAGUAUGGUAAAGACUGUAAUAAUAUAAUAAAAACUAAUGUAAAUGUUGAACUUGUUGCAGGAUAUGGGCUGUGUAAGUGUUGUCAGGUCCCAGUUUAGAGACUAGUGUACCAUCAUCGUUCAUUUGUUUUGUGUUUAAACUUGGUUUUGUUUAGUUUUUGUUACCUAAUAUCUCUAAUUUCCGUUACUAACAACACUAUCACUAUCUCUGUUAUUCCCUCGAACAUUUUUUGUUGCUAUGUCAUGUUAAAAAUGGCAUUUUAGGAGAAACUGUACUUUGCUGAAGGUCAUUCAGAUGGAGUCGUACUUACCGACAUUGAAAAGCGACCAGUCAGCGAACAGUUUGAGUACACCGUGCCAGAACAUUUGACGAACACUGAAAGUCAUCCGGAGAUCAGAUACUGGCAAUUGCCGCAGAGAUUCUUGGGCGACAAGGUAGGGUGGUUUAUAUUGUUAUAGGCAAGUGUAUGGUUAUAGGUAUCGAAAAGGUAAAAACGGUCAAAUGAUUAAUCUAACUUGUAAAAAGUAAAUAAUAGAUUGCUUUUGCCUUGUAAACAAAGUUCUUGUUAAAACUUGAUUUUUAAAACCUUCAAACUCUUAAAAACUUCAAAUUUUAGGUAUCAGCCUACGGCGGUGACCUCUCAAUUCAACUCCAAUACGCUGGGUCCGGCCCAAUCUCUCCAGAACCUCUCAUCGUUCUCAAGGGUAACGGAAUCACAUUGGUCCAUCGUCCACGUGAUCAAGAGCGCACGUUCCAGCCUCAUCAACCAGUCCGAGUUCAGUUCGAAACCUACGAGAACAACUUUGAACAUUUGAGCGGACAACCGGCUCAAAGAAGCGACUUGAUGAUGGUUCUGGCCGAUUUGGACACUUUCUUGAUCCGUGCUACUCACACUGACGAUCAGACUUCUACCAGGUAG